UGGCCAGUCAGAGACGGGCUCCCACGUGCGACUCGUCCCGCUCCCGCUCGCCGCCGCGUGCGCGCGGCCAUUUCCACUUCGGGCCGCGUCUAUUAAUCCCCCUGCGCCGCGCCUCCUAUCCAAAUUGAGGCUGCUGCUGGCCGCUCUUGCUCUUGAUCUCUACGUUCUCUUCAUCCUCGGCGGCGUUGGGCUGAGACCUCUGACUUCACUCGAGCCUCUCAGAGGGGAGAGAGAGCACAAGUCAGACGCACACUUCUGGUCUGAAGAAGGAGAGAUGGGGAGGCAGCCGUGCUGCGAGAAGGUCGGUCUGAAGAAGGGGCCAUGGACAGCGGAGGAGGACCAGAAGCUGGUCGCCUUCCUCCUCUCCCACGGCCAUUGCUGCUGGAGGCUCGUCCCCAAGCUCGCAGGGCUGCUGAGGUGCGGGAAGAGCUGCCGGCUGAGGUGGACUAACUACCUGCGGCCGGACCUCAAGAGAGGCCUCCUCUCGGAGGAGGAGGAAGCGCUGGUCAUCGACCUCCACGCGCAGCUCGGCAAUCGCUGGUCCAAGAUCGCGGCGCGGCUCCCCGGGAGGACGGACAACGAGAUCAAGAACCACUGGAACACCCACAUCAAGAAGAAGCUCGAGAAGAUGGGCAUCGACCCCGUCACCCACCGCCCGCUCUCUCCAGUGCGACCAAAGGAGGUUUUUCCCCUGGCGCAGAAGCGGCACGAUACACCGCACGUGCGACAAGGACGCUGCGACGACGAGCCCAAGCAGGCGUUGUCACCGGGUGGGCCGCCGCCCGGCGCCGAGGACGACGAUGACGAGGAGGCGCCGGCGAGCGCCGAGCCGCAGGGCGCGACAUCCGCGGCCUCCACGGAGGCCGCCGUGUCGCCGUCCUGCUCCUCCUCGUCCGCCGCCUCGGCCUCCGGCGCCACCCCUGGCGCGGACGUGGCGGCCUGGACCGAUACCGUCGACCUCUUCCAAGUGGAUAGCAUCAUGGACAUGGACUGGGCAGGCAUCCUGUCCGGUUGCGGCAACGAUGGCGCCGGCAUAGACGUCGACCUGUUCGACCAUUACCCCGGCGAUGGCUUCGAUCAACAAGUCUGGAUGUGAUGCCGGUACCAGUAUGCUGAUUGGUAGGAUUAGAAACUGUCGUGAUUCGUGAUCGUCUCUGUUCUUGCGUGUCCUAUUUUCUCUCUUUUUAUUCGGUUUCUUGGGGUCAAUUGAACUUCGUCCAUGUCCAUGCAUAGGGUUGAAAACGGACAGAAAUAUUCCCGUUCCGACCCAUUCCGUUUUUUAUUUUUGUCUGUCCGUUUCCAUAUUUGUGGGAUCCCGUUUUCAUAUUUACGGAAGUAGAAAUGAGGUUUUUCCGUC